AUGGUUCUGUGUCCAAUUCUUCAAUUAAGUCUCAAACCACCUCUGUUUUCAACAGAUUUCAAACCAACAAAUGGUUUCAAUAAAGGUUUUUACAAAUCUUUUGGUAACAAUUUUUCUUAUAAUAACUCUAAAAAGACUUUCUCUGGAAACAAUGUUACAUCUAAUAAUAGUAAGGGUGACUCUUCUACUUCUAGUUCUAUCUCUUCUUAUCUUAGGUCUCUCACUGGGGAUCAGUUUUCUAUGCUUCUUCAACUUAUCAGUGAUAAACAAUCUGUGGAUGUAGUAACUGCUAGUGCCAAUAUGGCAGGUACUUCAUGUAAUUAUGUCUUUAACAACUCUUUUCAAUCUAAUAAAUGGGUUGUUGACUAUGAGGCAAAUCAACACAUGACUUCAUCUGAAUACAAUCUUAAUGAUGUGGUUAGUGUAUCUAAUCUUAAUCUGAGAGUUGAUCACCCUAAUGAAUCGACUCCUAAAGUUCAAAAAAUUGGAAAUAUGAGUCUUUCAAACAAUCUUACUUUAUUUGAUGUGAUUCACAGUCCAUGGAGACUGAUAAUGAGGGAGAGGGACUCUACUAUCUUUCCACAUAGUAGGCUUGGUCAUCCAGCUGAGCAAGCCUUAGAUGGUUUACAAGAUAAACUGAAUUUUAACAAUAAGUCGCUUCCACCUUGUGAAAUAUGUCACAAGGCAAAACAAACUAGAGAAUCUUUCACUACUAGUCUUCAUAAUUCUAAAAACAUCGGUGACUUAUUUCAUCUUGAUGUCUGGGGUCCAUACAAAGGGACAUGGGUUUAUCUUCUUAAGUCAAAAGAUGAAGUUUUUUCCUGUAUUUUGUCUUUUCUAAAUCUGGUUGAAACUCAGUUUUCUGUUAGAGUUAAAAUUAUAAGAUCAGACAAUGGUACUGAGUUUGUUAAUCACAAAGUUAAAGAAUUUUUUGAAACCAAGGGUGAUGCAAUUUUAGCUGCUGUUUUUCUAAUCAAUCGAACUCCAUCUUCUGCUUUGGGUGGAAUGUUACCUUUUGAAAAAAUAUAUAAGCAUAGUCCUACAUUUGAUAACUUGAGAAUAUUUGGGUGUUUGUGCUUUGCUACAAAAUUGACUGUUUUAGAUAAGUUUUCCUUAAGAUCUGAAAAAUAUGUGUGGAUUGGUUAUUCUCAAGAUAAAAAGGGUUAUAAACUUUUGAGUCUUGAUUCUGGUUUUACUUUCUUUUCCAGAGAUGUGAAGUUUUAUGAAAGUGUUUUUCCUUUUAAAAUGAAGAAGCAAUGGUCUACUAAAAAUUUGAUUUCUAGUCAAAUUAAGUCCAUGUCCCUUGAUCCUUUUUCCUAUGAUGAGUCUAAUCGGUUUGAAUCUUUAGUUGAUGCUUCCACUCCUGAUGAUUUGGGUGUAACCCAACCAACUAAUGGCUCCAGUACUGGUCAUUUUGUCCCUAUCGCAGAUACUACUCCUACAGAUACUACUCAGGAUGAUCAUUUAUUUAUCUGUGCCUUGGUUUGA